AUGACAAUAACAAUAAUUUUUUCAACGUGUAUAAAACAAUGUGAGUGUUUCCGGUUGUGGUCGGAUUACGGAUAUCCUACAAAUCAGGAUUACGAUUACGAUGAUUUUUUACAAUAUGACGAAGAUUAUGGAGAAAACGUUGGAAGACAUUUGGAAUUGACGUCAUCAAUAUUACAAUUGAUUUAUAAUUUGAUCGGGAAAACCGGACAUUCGGCAAAAUCGUUAGAAUUAGCCCGACAAAUGAACGUGACGUUGUCGUGA